AUGACUUGGCCCUCCGAUAUUGGCAACCUGGUCGCACACACGUGGAUGAAAAUCAACAAGGAGCGGGAAGCGCAGUACCAUGAACAGACACCUAUGAAUCCGUACGUCAUCAUAGCCGUGUCUCUGGGGUGUCUGGGUGUGGUAGUGCUGUGCUUGCUCGCGGGCCAGUACUAUAUCACACAGCGUCAAAA